ACAUAGAAUAAGCAAAGAAAACACACAAGAUACUUAUCGAAUAGAUAGAUCGGCACAAGAAAUGGCUUAUAUGGUUUUGAAAUCUGCAAGCUUCUUAGCUCUGGUCGUCUUUGUUUUUGCAGUCAUCAGCACCACCACUACCCCUGUGGAAGGGAUAUGUGAAAGGGCAAGCCAGACAUGGUCGGGAUCAUGCAGAAACACCGGAGGAUGCAACAACCAGUGCAAGACUUGGGAGAAAGCAAGGAACGGAGCUUGUCAUACAAGAAAUGGCAAGAAAAUGUGUUUCUGCUACUUCAAUACAUGCAGCGCAGCUAGACUAUGUGAAAGAGCUAGCCAAACUUGGUCAGGAAGUUGCAGAAACACUCAAGGUUGUGAUAGACAGUGCAAGAACUGGGAAGAUGCUGCCCAUGGUGCUUGCCACACUCGUAAUGGCAAGAAGAUGUGUUUCUGCUAUUUUGGCCGCAACUGCUGAUCAUCAUCGUCUGAGAUGAUUACCCAAAUUAUAUAUCUAAUUAAGAAAUUCGCGUUGAAAUCAUAAAAUAUGAGAGUAAAAAAACAAUUAAAUAAUCAUAAAUUAAAUUAAUAAGGAUCAUAUGGAGUCAUCUGCUCAUGGGUAUGCCGAAUAUGUAACAAUAAGAAGCUCAUGAAUAUGCACUACAUCACGUAUUGUGUAUGCUUUUGUGUGUGUCUGUAUUUGUAUUUGUGUGAGUUUCUACCAAGUAACUGUAAUCGUACAUUUAUUAUGAAUAAAUCAGUAGUGGCUUGAUCCAUGCGUUUUAUCAUC